AUGGAUGCCUUCUUUGAGCAGACGUCUGCGAAAUUAGGCGGGAAUCCUACUGCUGAUCAAUUGAGAAUUGUCGCAUCUAUUCUAUCAUCCUAUCCAUGCGCUUUACUAUUCAAAUUUAUCCCUAGCAAUCAAAUUUUGUUGAAGCAUCUGUAUUCUAUAUGUAUUACAUCUUACAUUAUGGUCUCUGUGCUACAUUAUCACUACGCUCUUAUUCAUGUUGUUGCCGCUUGUAUGUUCACUUAUUUAUUCAUGAAGUAUUGUAAGAGUAAGAAAGCCCCUUGGAUCAAUUUCAUUGUCAUUAUGUUGAGCAUGUCAUACUGCCAUUAUACUCGUUUAGCGAAUACUCAUAACUUUGACAAUAUCAAAGAUUAUUCGGGAAUUUUGAUGCUUGUCACUAUCAAACUCACAUCUUACGGAUUUAACGUUGAGGAUGGUCGUACACAAGAUCAACAUCUCUUAUCCAGUUAUAAUAAGCGCAUGAAAAUCGAUCGAUACCCAACUUUAAUUGAGUUUUUCGGCUGGAUCUUCUUCUUUGGUGGAUUCUUGGUAGGACCUACGUCUGAAUUCAUGGAUUAUAUGCGUUUUGCAACUCUGAAGAUGUUCGAGACCAAGGACGGCAAAGUGCUUGUACCUUUGGGUGUCAAGCCGACGAUGCUCAAUAUGUUGAAAAGUAUCUGUUUCAUUGGUGUUAUUGUUUUUAUGAGUCCUUAUUGUAACGCAGGCGCCGUGGAUAGCGCACACUUCAGACAGUUGUCCUAUUUUAACAAGAUCGUAUAUUUAAAUGUUGCUGCAUUCGUUGCUCGUUGUAAGUACUACGUUGCUUGGCUCUUGUCUGAAGGCGCCUGUAUCCUCUGCGGUUUUGGCUUCAAUGGUUUUAGCGCUAAUGGUACACCUCUCUGGAACCGCUUCACCAAUAUUGUUAUCACUAAAUGUGAAUUUGCUCAAUCUGUAAAGGAAAUGGUUGAUCAUUGGAAUAUUGGUACCAAUCGUUGGUUACGUUACUAUGUCUAUGAACGUGUUACUCCCCGUGGUCAAACAGGUGGUGCUUUUAGCGCUUCCGUGGUAUAUAUUGUAUCUGCGGUAUGGCAUGGUUUUUAUCCUGGCUAUUACUUAUUCUUCUUGUCGGUCACUCCUUUCCAAAUGUUAGCUCGUAAAAUCCGCAGAUGUUUCCGUCCUCUUUUCCUUGUUCCUGGCACGAAGGAGCCUACGAGAUACAAAGUUUACUACGAUUGUGCCGGUAUUAUCGUCACAAUGACAAUUAUCAAUAUAUUAUCCGCUGCUUUUAAUUUGUUAUAUUGGGCCCCUGCCAUCCGUGCCUGGAAAGAAAUCUAUUACACUCAUUACAUUUUAUUGGUGUUAGGUCAACUCUUGCUCAAUUUCACCAGUCAAUCUGCAAGAAAAUAUCAAAAGGCAAGAGAAGCCAAGGCCGUGGCAAAGGCUACCCCUGCUGCUGAAAAAGUCAUGCAACAAGAUCAAGCAGAUCUCAGUACUCCUUCACUUGAAUCCACCAAACCUUUGGCAAAAGUACACCUUUAG